AAAAGUUAAGCUAGCAUAGUUGAUGGUUUGGGUCAAUGAGCUACCAACAAGUGAUCCAAACGCCCAGUAUAAAAAUGUAAACAUCUGUAUAACGCUGCCGUAAUUAGUGCCACAAAAGGAAGCCAGUGAGGCUGAUGCAACGUGAUUAGGCUGCAAAGGAUAUAUUGUUCUGGAGGGGUACCUGAUCAGGUUGGGUGUGGAAAUCUGCAACAAAGUGAAUGUAGAAGAAGAAAGGUCUUCCCCAGAAUGUCUGUUUGUUUUAGGGGACCUAACACAGUUGUAUAUCCAGUUCUGAAGAAGAUUACAUUCUUGAACAUACCACACUACAUCAUUUAAAAAGGGGCUUCUUAUUUAGAUGUUUAUUAUAUUAUUUUGUUACAAUGCCAACUACCGAAUGCAGCUCCUUCUCUUUGUGUGGGAUUCACUCAGUUUUGUGCCGGUCCCUCUGUGACUGUGUUGCUGGGUUUUAAACCAUGCUUGUCCACUGUGUGUUUGUGACUCUGCUUGGCAGUCUUCUGUUUAGGUCAUCUUCAAUACCAGUUCAUCAGCAUUUGAAACUGUUAAGACUAGCCACUCACCCAUUUCCAGACUUGUAAUAAGAGCAAUCAGUACAGAGCAAAUUUACCAGGGCCCUAAUUGUUCAUACUCAUGGGACCUGGUCAUUAGAGCUGUACAGACUGAUUUUUUGGAUCAAGCUCUUCAUAUGUGAGUGUUAUUGUUGUUGAUAAUUAACCAUUCCAAGUGAAGAAACGGUUGCCUGGAUUAGUUUGGAUUGCUGUUCUCCAGUCUUAAGAAAAGCAGUAACCAACACAAAUCCAGGCAGCUGUUUCUUUGAAUGGUAAAUUAGCCCAAUCAACACCAAUGACCCUCACCUGAUUGUCAACACCUGAUGUGUGUUCAAUAAGCACAGCGCUCGCACGCCCCGUAACAGAUGUUAGCACUUAUAGAACGGUGUGUUAGGAACGAGCAGUUUCACGAUGGCAAGAGAUUACCAUGUAUUUUUUUUAUUAUUCAUUUAAAACAAAAUUAAUUAGUACUGUAUUUUUGUAAUGUAAAGUUACUGACACUUUAUUUUGGUUUAGCAUCUUUAGGCGUGAGUCAUAUUUGUCAAGUUAUAAGGUCUUUUUUAGCUGACAAAUGUUUCUUUUCUAAUACAAUUUACAGCCACCAGCACCGAUAAUGCUGGUCGGCCAUUUUGACCUCCAGGGAGGCAGCUCAGAGCUUGACUCGCUACCGUUAGGACGCACUUGCCAAGUGUGAACUUUCAAGAGGAAAAGCCACGUAACGCCCCGGGGUGCUCUGCUGAGGAACGCACUCCUGAUUUCUGUGGAGAACUCAAUCCGAAUAAUUGUUCAUGCAGCACUAUUGGUCAUUUCAAUAAUAUACCUAAACCAGGGAAGUUUUGAAAAACAGGACUGUAUUUAGGGCUAGUGGAUGUUUCAGGCCAUGCAGCCAAGCCUGUCCUCUGCUGUGUUUCGCAGGAGAGGGGAUGUUUCCCACCCCCCUGUAUGCCCACACUGGGCGCGGUGCAUUUGCUAAGGUGUACGACCCAGCCGAGGACACCUUCCUCCUGAUGGAUGCCAUGGAGCAAGAUGCAGAACUGCUUCUUCAGAGAGAUCCCUCAGUCUGCCUGGAGGUCGGUUCUGGUUCUGGUGUAGUUUCUGCCUUUGCUGCUUCAUUCAUUGGACCUAAAGCGGCCUACUUCUGUACAGAUAUUAACCCCUUAGCUGCUGCCUGCACUACAGAGACCGCACGCUGCAAUGAAGUCAGUGUUCAGCCAGUAAUCACCGAUUUGGUCAGUGCACUGCUGCCCAGGCUUCUAGAGAAAGUGGACAUUCUACUCUUCAACCCCCCCUACGUUGUGACUCCAUCUGAGGAGGUAGGAAGCUGUGGUAUCGAGGCCUCAUGGGCAGGUGGGAGGCGGGGCAGAGAGGUGAUGGACAGGCUAUUUCCUCUGGUUCCCCAGCUCCUGUCCAAUCAGGGGCUUUUCUAUCUGGUUACCGUGCAAGAGAAUAACCCAGAGGAGAUUAUCAACUUGCUGGGGAAGGCUGGGCUGAAGGGGAUUAUGGCUCUUUCUCGACAGGCUGGAAGGGAAACUCUGUCCAUUCUCCGGUUCUCGAAAUCCUGAGCCCACUCAGCUAAACUCAGCUGGUCCUUCAGGAUAAUAACCCAGACAUUUUCAUCUGUAACACGCCUGCAUUGUGUCGGUGGGCAUUGUGUUGGUGGUUAGAGGAAUACCUGGACCUGUAUCGAGGAUUUACUAGCAUCGAGCACGAUGUGAGUGGGGCCACUGCAUAAGGGUCCUGAGCGACUGUGUCAGCACAGCAAGGUUGUGAGAAUGUGAUAACCUAAAGCAAGUGGGAGCACUAAGCUGAAAACUAAGGUCCUGUGUCAACAUUUUAAUUAAAUAAGAAAAUAUUUUGUGGAUGUCCUCAUCACUCUGUUUAAGAUUACGUGUGAGAAUGAGAUGAAUUUUCUUCUUGCCCUUUUAUUAAGGUGUGUUGAAAAUGUACCUUUAUUUUAAGUUAGCCCAUGUUUAAGGAAAAUGCAAUGCGAGAUGUCUUUUGAUGUAAAUCAGAAAUGUGGAAGAGGUUGGAUUACAGAAGGUUUCAUUUUUUACACACAUUUUGACCUUAAAUCAGUCAUGCCUUAUUAGGAAAAUGUCCUUCAAGCUUGAAAUUACCAGCAUGUUUUGAUUUGUAAUAUGAAGUGUAUGAGUAUUCCGGUUCUGUUUUAGUCCCAGUCCGUUUCAAUUCUGUGUUAGCUGUUCUCUCAUUCUCUGACGCUACACACAAUUGGAAAAAUAAAGUAUUAUUUUUUUACACA